AUGGCCGCUCGUCAUUCCCGCAAGUUUCUGAGACCUCUGCUCUACACAUCUGCUGCGGCAGCAACGGGAGCUGGUGUCCUCUACAUCUCAUAUCGUCCCCGCAAUAUUCCUGGCUCGGAAGCGCCCGCCGUACCACCGCCUGGCUACCAUGAAGGGAAGCUUGUCCCUCCCAGCUUCCCUGCGAUAAAAUCGCGGCUAGAGCAGAUUGAAGACCUCAAACGGAGUUCUUCUGGCAACGAUGAUGAAUACGACCUUCUCGUUAUCGGCGGCGGCGCUACCGGCUCGGGAAUAGCGCUUGACGCCGCAACUCGAGGUCUGAAAGUAGCUGUUGUGGAAAGAGAUGACUUUAGCGCCGGCACUAGCAGCAAGAGUACAAAACUUGUACACGGCGGAGUUCGAUAUCUCGAGAAGGCCGUGUGGGAGUUGGAUUAUAAUCAAUAUAAACUUGUGAAGGAGGCAUUGAGAGAGCGCAAAUACUUUCUGAAUACAGCGCCCCAUCUCUCCAGUUGGCUUCCUAUCAUGGUGCCAGUGCAAAAAUGGUGGCAAGCGCCUUACUUCUGGGCCGGUACAAAGGCCUAUGACUGGUUGGCCGGCUCUGAAGGGAUAGAGAGCUCAUAUUUUCUCACCAAGAGCAAAGCCAUUGAUGCGUUCCCCAUGUUGAGAAGAGACAACCUCGUCGGUGCGAUGGUUUACUAUGAUGGAGCGCACAAUGAUUCUCGGAUGAACGUGUCUCUAGCAAUGACGGCAGCUUUGUACGGAAGCACAGUUGUCAACCACAUGCAGGUUACUGGCUUAACCAAAGAUGAAUCAGGAAAGCUGAAUGGGGCCCGCGUGAAGGACUUGAUUCCGGGAAAGAAUGGUCAGGAGGCAGAGGAAUUCACAGUCAGAGCCAAGGGAAUUAUCAACGCCACUGGUCCAUUCACUGAUUCAAUCCGGAAAAUGGACGAGCCCGAUGUUAAAGAGAUUGUAGCUCCCAGUGCUGGCGUUCACGUCAUCCUUCCGGGUUACUACAGCCCCUCGAAAAUGGGCCUCAUUGAUCCGUCUACUUCCGAUGGUCGCGUCAUCUUCUUUCUUCCGUGGCAGGGCAACACUAUAGCCGGUACUACAGAUCAGCCGACGGAGAUCACGACCCAGCCCGAACCUUCUGAGAAGGACAUCAACUGGAUUCUUUCUGAAGUUCGCGGCUACCUGGCCCCAGAUAUUAAUGUCGAACGAAGUGAUGUGCUUGCUGCUUGGUCCGGAAUCCGCCCGCUGGUCCGUGAUCCUAAAAUCAAGAGCUCCGAAGCCUUGGUUCGCAACCAUCUAAUCUCCGUUUCUCCAUCUGGGUUGUUGACUUGCGCUGGCGGCAAAUGGACCACGUACCGUCAAAUGGCCGAGGAAGCCGUGGACGAGGCGAUCAAGGUGUUCGGCCUGAAGCCCCGGGCGGUUUCCCAGGUUCCGGACAUCAGUGGUGUUGGUGGAAGUGGUUUGGUCUCCGACGGUGCCGUACUUGAUGGUAGCUGCCAGACCCACCAAGUCCGCUUGAUUGGAGCCCAUGGAUACUCCAAGACGCUCUUUAUCAACCUCAUUCAGCACUUCGGCCUCGAGACUGACGUGGCCAGGCAUCUGACUGAAUCUUAUGGCGACCGCGCAUGGCAGGUUGCAGCUCUGUCUGCUCCCACAGAUGCUCGCUUCCCCCUCCGGGGCCGACGUAUCUCGGCGUUGUAUCCGUUCAUUGACGGUGAAGUUCGCUAUGCCGUGCGCCACGAAUAUGCUCAAACUGCAGUUGAUGUCAUUGCGCGCAGAACCAGGUUGGCUUUCCUCAACGCUGAAGCGGCACUUGAAGCUCUUCCCGGAAUCAUCGACUUGAUGGGCGCUGAACUCAACUGGGACGACAAGCGAAAGGAAGUCGAAUGGAAGGACUCGGUUUCGUUCCUUUCGUCAAUGGGGCUUCCCAAGUCUCUUCUGGGAAUGUGCAGAUCGGAGGUCGAGGCAGGCAGGGUGAAGGAAUUGGACCUUGCGGAGCGGAAAUCGUCGAGAACCGAGCCACCAGCAGACAUGCUCAACGGUGAUAAGACCAAUGAUAGCUCAGGAUCGUCUGAUCCGUUGAUCAGCCCUGAGUCCCCGGCCAAUAAAUAG